GUCUUCUUCGACCUCGCCUCUCUCUUCUUGAGAUUUUGUCUUAUUUCGAUUAAAAUGCGAAUGAAUUGAGGGAUUUGAGUAGUUUUUGUUACCUCGAUCGGUCGCUGCGGUUUGAUUUAUUGGGAUUGUUGGUCGGAGGAUGCCGAUGGCGCCUGCGCCGGCGUCUUCGAUGGUCGGCCGGAUUAGGGCGACGGAUCGGAUAAAGGGGCCGUGGAGCCCGGAGGAGGAUGAGACCUUGAGGCGGCUGGUCGAGCAGCACGGGCCCAGGAACUGGAGUCUGAUCAGCCGGUCUAUUCCCAGGAGGUCCGGCAAAUCGUGCCGCCUCCGGUGGUGUAACCAGCUCUCGCCGCAGGUGGAGCAUCGGCCAUUCACGGCGCAGGAGGACGAGACCAUCGUCCAGGCUCAUCGCCGUUUUGGGAAUAAGUGGGCCACCAUCGCCCGCCUCUUGUCCGGCCGCACCGACAACGCCAUAAAGAACCACUGGAACUCCACCCUCAAGCGGAAAUCCUCCUCGAUGACCUCAGCGGCGGCGCCGGCGUACGGAGAGGACGAGAUUCCGGAUCUGCCGCCGAAGAGGGCGCGUAGCGUCGGGCCGGUGCUCGCGUCCGCGGGACUCAGCCUGAACCACCCUGACAGCUCUUCCAGGUCCGGUUCGACCGACUCCAGCCAACGGACCCACACAGAAGCAGCAUCGCCGCCUCCGGUUUACCGUCCGGCGGCCAGAACCGGCAGCAUCGCGCUGCCGCCUUCCUAUUCCUCUCCCCCCUUCCAAGACCAGCAGCGCGACUCCACGUCGGAGACCGCGGUUCCCGCCGCUCAUCCUUCCGUCGACGAGCACGAUCCCCUGACGUCCCUGACGCUAGCACUCCCAGGAUCGGAUCGAGUGUCCGACAUAUCCCACCAGAAAAAGAGCAGCCACGACGGAUUCAGCAGUAACGAACAGAGGUUUGCCCCGCUCCCAGCAGGCGGAGACGGCGAUCCGCCUUUCCAAUUUAGCCGGGAGCUCUUGGCGGCGAUGCAAGAGAUGAUCCGCAACGAAGUGAAGAGCUACAUGUCGAAGCUGCCGCUUCUAGAAGCCGCCACUCGCGACGCGGCCCGCAAGAACAUUGGGCUGAUCAAAAUCGAUUCCGACUAAAACUCGUUCUAACGAUGAGAAGACGACGAGAUUUCCGCUUCUAAAUUUCUCUGUUUUUUCCUCGCUUUUAAUUUCAUCAGAGAGGUAGAUAAAAUUAACCACUAAUGCAGAUACAGUUUGCCCCGAACUCUGUAUGUUCGUCGAUAUGAGAAUUUUAGGUGAUGGGUCGAACGAAUCAAAGAGUAUGUUACGGACUUGACUUCUCA